GGCAUAAAAUACCGAAAACCGAAUUACCGAACCGAAUCGAUUAUUUCGGUAUUUCGGUAUUCGGUAUUCGGUAUUUCGGUCCGGUAUUCGGUACCUAAAUGUUAAAUUUCGGUAUUUCGGUUUCGGUUUCGGUAUUUUAUAAUUUUCCCGUUCGGUAUUCGGUAUUUACCGAAUACCGAAUUUAUUUCUAUUGGCAAUUGGGCCUCCUAUAAUUAUUUCUGUUGGGCCCAUUCGUAUAAUUUAACUAUAUCUAACCUACCCUAAGUCCCAGCCCAACUAUGUAACAUACCCUAAGUCCCUAACAGCCCAUUAGCCCAAUUAACUUAUCCAUUUCAGCAUUCAAUAUUAUCUCUAUACUGCCCAACGCCCCAACCCUAAUCUUCACUCUUCACUCAUCACUCUUCACCUCUGAGUUCACCACCGCCCUUUAGCUUCACGCACGCCGCCUUCAGCCCUUCACGCACGCCGCCUUCAGCCCUUCACGCACGCCGCCUUCAGCCCUUCACGCCACCAUCAGCUUCAUGUUCUCCAUCAAAUAUCAAAUCUUUUGGAAAAAUUUGUAUGGAAUUAGUGAAAUAGAAGUUCCAGGACAAUCUGUUGACUGAAGUGGUGAAAAGGUUCAAAGGAAGAAACUGGAAAAGAAUUGAUGGAAGAUGAAACAAGUCGAACGACCAAUGUCAUUGGAAGCGCACCUUUGGCUCUUACCGAGUCUCUUGAUUCAACAAUGGAAGUUCAACAACAUGCAUUGACGGUGAAGAGAAAAGCUAUAGAAUCAAGAUCUGCUGCUUGGCCGCAUUAUGAGAAGCUCAUAGAAGAUGGAAUUAAUAAAGCUAGGUGCAAGUAUUGUGGUAAAGUUCUCUUAGCUGAUUCAACUAAAAAUGGAACAAGUGGACUGAAUAAACAUUUGAAAACUUGUCCUAAAAAUCCAAAUAAGGUUAACAAUUUCAAUUCCAAGUACAAACAAUCAAAUUUAAACUUUUCCUUAGAAGGUGAAAUGUGUGAUGGGGCAAUUUGGACUUUUGAUCAAGAGGCAUCUCGGAGGGCUUUAGUUGAGAUGUUAAUCCUUGAUGAACUUCCUUUUCGUUUUGUUGAAAAGGAAGGUUUUAAGAAUUUUAUGAAAAAAACCCAACCUUUAUUUCGAGUUCCCUCCCGUAGAACAGUGACUAGGGAUUGUUAUCAAGUUUUUGGUGAAGAGAGACAAAAGUUUAUGAAGUAUUUGAAAGAAACAUCACCGAGAGUUUGUCUAACCACAGACACAUGGACAUCUAUUCAAAGAAUAAAUUAUAUGUGUUUGACAGUACACUUUAUUGAUAGUGAUUGGCUUUUGCAUAAACGAAUUUUAAACUUUCAGGUUGUUACUAGUCAUAAGGGUGAUGAAAUGGCCCGUUGUAUUAGUAAGUGUUUGCUUGAUUGGAAAUUGGAGAAAAUAAUCACUAUAACUGUAGAUAAUGCUUCUUCUAAUGAUGUCAUGGUGAAAGAGUUACACAAACAAAUGGUUAAUUGGGGAUCUAACAUGAAAUGUGGUAACCAUCUUCACGUGAGAUGUAUGGCUCACAUUUUGAAUCUUAUUGUGCAAGAUGGCAUGAAAGAAGUUGGUCCAUCGAUCAAACGUGUUAGGCAAAUGGUGAAAUAUGUUAGACAAUCUCCCGCAAGGAUUAGAAAAUUUGAGGAAUGUUGUGAACUAAAAAAUAUAGACAGUAAGAAGUCAUUAUGUUUAGAUGUUUCAACCCGGUGGAAUUCGACCUACUUGAUGUUGGAUGCCGCACAACAUUUUGAGAGUGCAUUUGAUUACUUUGAUCUCGAAGAUGGUGGAUUGUCAACUUAUCUUGCUAAUCAUGUUUGUGAAGAUGGAAGCGUUGCAGGUGUACUUGAAAGUGAUGAUUGGCAAAAGGUGAGAAAUAUGGUCAUAUUUCUUAAAAGAUUUUAUGAUCUAACUGAAAAGGUUUCAGGUUCACUCUACGUCACUUCUGCUGGUCACUUUGAAGAUAUAGUUGAGCUUCACAAUCAUUUAAGAGAGUGUAUGGAAGACAAUGAUCCUUCUUUGGCAAAAAUGGGAGAAAAAAUGAAACAAAAGUUUGUCAAGUAUUGGGGUGUUCCUGAAAAAAUGAAUAAAGUGAUUUUUAUUGCCUCUAUCUUAGAUCCUCGUAACAAACUUGAGUAUGUUGGCGACGCACUUGAGGAUAUGUUUGGAGAUGAAAAGGGGAGUGAAAUAAAAGAUGAAAUGGUGACUUACAUGAAAUCUAUGUUUGAAGAGUAUGUAGCAAAAUUCUCUAAUGUAUCUCGACGCCCAUCUACUCUCUCUGAUUUAUCGGGUCAGACAUCGGAUUCAUCUAUCUCUAACACUAGCACAAAAUCCACAAAAGUAAGAAAUAGGAUCCAAAUGAAGAGGAACAAACUAGAUGGUACAGGUUUGGGUAGUAAGUCGGAGUUGGAAAGGUAUCUUAGUGAAGAACUAGAGCCGACUGAUGAUGACGACAAUUUUGAUAUCUUGUCGUGGUGGAAAGUUCAUUCUCCUAGAUAUAAAAUUCUUUCCGAGAUGGCUCGUGAUGUGUUGGCAAUUCCAAUUUCUAGUGUGGCAUCGGAAUGUGCCUUUAGCACCGGAGGCCGUAUUCUUGAUUCAUUUAGGAGUUCUUUGACUCCGAAAUUGGUGCAAGCUGUUAUUUGUCUUCAAGAUUGGCGUCGAAAUGAGCCUUAUCCCAUAAAUGUUGAAGAAGAUUUUAAUGACCUUAUGAAACUUGAACUUGCUAUGGAUGAUAUUGACUUGCAUUGUUCAAGCUGAAAAACAGUAAAAGCAAAUUUUGGACUCUAUGUCCUCUGCUGCUACUGUUUCUGACUUCU